GACACCUUGUGGCGAUGGGAAAUACUGCGCGUCAAAAGUUUGGCACUUCCGGUUUAGUUUGGACACUUCCGGUUUACGAUGUUAGUUCAGUUCAUCAAAAAUGAGAAGUAGACGAGUUGUGUUAACUCUUACAAGCCUUGGAAAAGAUAAGUCUGAGCGGGAAUUCGCGGCGAGGCAUGAGGUGUGCUUGGGAGGACUUGUAGACCCGGAGCUCCUCGCCGACCAGCAUGUCCCCCACGCGGCUGCCGUGCGUGCUUCUCCUCGCGGCUCUCCAAGCAAGCGCCCUCACCGUGGACUACGAGGAAGACUACGAGGACGUCACCGUCCAGCAGAUGCUGGCUCCCAGGUCGCAGCAGUCCGACGCCACGGAGAUACUUAAUAACCUGCUCAAGGAGUAUGACCGGAAGCUCAGACCCGACAUUGGAGUGAAGCCAACCAUCAUAGACGUGGACAUAUUUGUCAACAGCAUCGGGCCCGUGUCCUCCAUAAACAUGGAGUACCAGAUCGACAUCAUCUUCGCGCAGACGUGGACGGACAGCCGCCUGCGCUACAACAGCACCGUGAAGAUAUUGACGCUCAACAGCAACAUGGUGGGCCUGAUCUGGCUGCCCGACACCAUCUUUCGAAACUCCAAGGAUGCGGACGCGCACUGGAUCACCGUGCCCAACCAGCUGCUCAGGAUAUGGAACGACGGCAAGAUCCUCUACACCUUGAGACUGACCAUCAAGGCCGAGUGCCAGCUGCAGCUGCACAACUUCCCCAUGGACCAGCACUCGUGCCCGCUCAUCUUCUCCAGCUAUGGAUACCCGAGAGAGGAGAUGGUGUACAAGUGGAGAAGGAACUCCGUGGAAGCGGCCGACCAAAAGUCUUGGCGACUUUAUCAGUUUGACUUCCUGGGCCUCAGAAACACGUCUGACAUCAUAACCACCACAGCAGGUAUUUUCAUGCUCAUACAUGAUAUACAUACAUUUAUAAUAUAA